AUCAUGAGAAUCAGUACAAUCUACGCGAUCAUGUUGGUGUUUUGUUGGACCGUCUUCGUGGCUUUGCCAGAGGUUGGUUCAGCGCCCAGCAAAAUGAGCACUACAUCUAUGGGACAUGACAGGUUUUUGAAACUACGAAAACGCCUUUCCCGUUCAGUUUCUUCAAACUGGAAAGAAUGUUCGUGGAAUAGCAUCAACGAAAACAAAGACUACGGUCUGAUCAAAGAUUGUGUUUUCCUAAAGAAAUACAGUAACUCUGCCCUGCACGUUUACUGGAAUAGCGAAUUCAGUGUGAAUCAAUGUAGCGGUUGCUGUAAGCGCUGGUUCUUCACGUUCAACGGUGCCGAAUGUCAGUCGCCUCGUGCAAUAGAUGGCCUUGUGUACUUAAGUUAUGGUACCUUUUGGCUCCACCGUGUCCGCCAUAUUGAAGGUCACUGUAACAAUGUCCACAAGGGACAUGUUCGUGUGGGCUUCAAUGUCGGUGACUGUUCCGGGUAUGGGAAUGCUAAUGCAUACACCGGGUGGAACACAGUCAGCCGUCUGUUCGUAGAGGAAGUAACCAGGCCCCAGCCGUAGAAGGCUUUUAAAUUGCGAGUCAAUGAUGAUUUAAGAUACAAGAUCGUUUGAGUAGAAAAAUAAUUUCAAAGUAAAUCAAAGCAUCAUGUAGUCAAACUAGUAUCAUGUGGACAAACCUGUGACAAUAUAAAUUAAUGUAAUUCAUAUAAUAACUGUAAUAAAUCUUGCUUUCCGAUUGG